UGUUUGCCUCGUGGGAUGUAACACGGUUAGAUUCACUCGAGAGAACAUUCAUCAAUGAAAGGGAUGUAACUUCUUUGUGAGUGAUCACUCAACUUUAAAACAUAUGGACUAACGUACUGAAUUUCUGAACAAGAUCACUGUUUGGGAAAAAUUGCGUUCUGUAUAGCAGCAGAGAAAACUAGAACAAAAUCAUCUUUUUGAAGCUGAGAGCGUCGAACAAGUGCCUGAAUGACAUUCGUGUUGUGUGGUGAGACGAUAAGACUCGUUUUACUCCAGAGAAGUUCUGAAUGAAAGUUUUAUAGCAUCGAAGUAAAACACUCGGUUUCGACUUGAAGAUGGCACUGGCCGGAGGACUUCAGUACAUCGACAAUCUAGCUUUACGAUUUAGUCUGCAUGGCCUUGAGGAUAAGUUUGCCGGUAAGCCUACUUUCUGUUUAUCUUGGUCGGAGCCUUUCGAUCUUGAUUCGGUGGCUGGAAAGCUAGUGAGCAACCCAAAGAGAAGUAAGAGCUUUCCAAUUACUCUUCCAAAGCGAAUCCCAGAAACUGCAGAAAAGGAAAAUGCCAACAAACACGAACAGAAAAAGGACGCUAAAACCACAUCUUCAACUCGAACAUAUAGUGUUAAAGAGCUUCAAUGCACACCGAGGAAUACUACUCGACCACUCUCGGAAACUCGGUCUACUUGUGMAUACACAAAUAUGGAAGAGGAAUCAUCGGAUGAAGAACUUUGCGACAUUAUGCUUGAACAGGAAAAUAUUCAAAUCAACCAGGACUUUAUUGCUGUCAAACAACGGCCCGAGCCGCUUGACUCUCGAGGAUUCGACAAUUCAUGCGAGAAGAGAAGGCUGCCAAGCAGGAAGCGGUAUUUGGAAGAACUCGAUACUUAUCAAAGUGGCCAUGCAAAACGACCGAGACCACGACUUGAUUUUGACAAAGUAUUGCUCUCAAAAAYGAAUUAUUCGGAUGAAGAAGGCAGCGCUUCUAAAAGAGCCUCGUACUUUGCGCCUAUCGUGGGAUCCGAUACGGAAGAUAACGUCUGAGCGUAGUGGCUUUAUGCAAAGGACAUAUGCUGAAAUAGUGAGUGUUAUCCAAUGGAAAUACCCUAGAAUUUUUACUUUGGUGAUUUUWUUUAACAACGAACAAGCAACAAGAAUCAAGCUCUCUAAUUCUGUUCUUAACCUAGCUUUGGGCAGGUAUCAUUCAAGUCAACACAAAUAGUGUAAAAAACACCUUAUGAUUCGUAAGGACAACCUGUAAGUUAAUGAUUUUGUAGAAAUCCCUCAUAUUAUAAUGAAUUCUUCAAACUGUUCUGAAUGAUCCACAUAUGUUAUUUAUACAAAGAUUUCCACUUCGUGAAUGGAAAUAAGUAGUUGGGAGAAGUUUAACGGCUUGUUAGGCCACACAACCUGUACACGGCGGAGUGUGGUUAGCCGGUUGAAUUGACAAAACACGUUAAUAUUAAACAUUUAAAACAAAAUCCAAAUCCAAAGAAAAAAAGAGAAUAUUAAGAAGAGGAAAAAAAUAUGAACUUUCAGAUGUUUAUGAUGGAGUAUAUAUCUAUUUGUAGAUAACAAAUAAAAUGCACUUUAUAUGAA